AUGACCCAUAUGAUUAAUUCGGGUGAGAAGUUAACGGUCCCUGAACAAAGAAUACUACGGAAUCGAGUUAAAGGCAUAAUAAUCCCUGAUAAAGGAGGUUUGUAUGGUUAUGAUGAUGACCGAUCAAGGAGAGUUGAACCAAAGCAAGGAAAAGGUGGUCGAAGCGGUCGAGGUGGAGGUAAAAAGGGUGAAAAAGGUGGUCGAGGUGAAAAAGGUGGCCGUGCUGGAACAAGUGCUCGAGGUGGACGUGGUGGAGGCAAAAAGACUCCAAUUCAAGGUGGCAGUGGAAGAGGUAAAACAUCUAGAGUUGUAGAACAGGUUGUGGAACAGGAGAAACAUGACGACGAUUUGGAUUCCUUUUUGCGCCCGGAUUCGGAGGAGGAAUCAAGUGAAUGA